AAUUUAGUUUAUGUUUCUCCUUGGCGUGACUGCCUGAGACUCGCAAAGGUCCGACCUGUGGAAUUAGAGUUUUAGGCGCGAGCCUAAAAUCUGCAUUUCCCUGAGCUAAGCCGGUAGAAUAGCUUUGAACUGAUUGAUCACUGCAACUGAUUCACCUCGCAACCGCUCAGAUUUUUCAAUUCAUCCGUUUGGGAAGAAAUGCAGAGCCGGGGAUCGAAUGCUCGGCUUUCCGGCAUGGCGGUCCGAUCGCCGAUUUCGUCUCUGAUGCUAGCCAUGUUCGCCACCGUGGCUUCUCUCUACGUCGCCGGUCGUUUAUGGAUAGAUGCGGAAAAUAGAGUUUACUUGACAAAAGAGCUUGAUAGGAUAACUGGUCAGGGACAGUCUGCAAUCUCUGUAGAUGACACUUGGAAGAUCAUAGAGUGCAGGGAACAGAUGAAGAAACUUUCAUCCUUGGAAGUGGAACUGACAGCUGCUCGACGAGAGGGUUUUGUUCCUAAGGAGCUAGCAGAUGUGAAUGGGAAUCCUAAGCAAAGGCCUUUAGUUGUGAUAGGGAUUCUUACUAGUUUUGGGCACAAAAAUGAAAGAGAUGCUAUACGAAAGGCAUGGAUGUCCAGUGGCGCGGCCUUGAAAAAGAUGGAGGAUAAGAAGGGAAUUAUUGCACGAUUUGUCAUUGGGAGAAGUUCUAACCGUGGGGACAGCUUGGACAGAAGUAUCGACAAUGAAAACAGGGAAACCAAUGAUUUUUUCAUUCUUGAAGACCAUGUUGAGGCACCUGAAGAAAUCUCAAAAAAGACGAAACUAUUUAUUGCCCAUGCUGCUGAUAGUUGGAUUGCUGAUUUUUAUGCUAAAGUCAAUGAUGAUGUUUAUGUGAAUAUUGAUGCUUUAGGGAUCACACUUGCAGCAUAUAUGGACAAGCCUCGUGUAUAUGCUGGGUGUAUGAAAUCAGGCGAAGUUUUUUCUGAGCAGGGCCAUAAAUGGUAUGAACCAGAUUGGUGGAAAUUUGGUGAUGGAAAAUCUUAUUUCCGUCACGCUUCUGGGGAGAUGUUUGUUAUAUCACGCGCAUUGGCUAAAUAUAUCUCAAUAAAUAGAUCCAUCCUUCGUACAUAUGCACAUGAUGAUAUCACUGUUGGGUCUUGGUUUGUUGGUGCUGAUGUCAAACAUGUGGAUGAAAAGAGGUUUUGCUGUUCUUCUUGGUCAUCAGGGUCCAUCUGUUCUGGAGUAUAAUCUUUCUAACAGGAUGAUAUUGAGAGCUGCUAGUUUUACGGUUACUUAUCCAUUCUUUAUAGGUUGAAGAGUUAUUUUGAGUUGUGUAUCCAGAAGUAUACACAUAUGUAUAGCUAUCAUCCUAGUAUUAUUCUCAAGUAGCAACAGGAUACUAUUACAUGCAAACAAAAUGGCACUCUUUUGUCAUUGUUAGUUAAACAUUCAUUUGUCUAGUU